UCCCAGAAUCAAUUCAGUUGAAGUUGCGGGACGGUUACGAACGCAACAUUGUUUCAAAUUCAAUGCAACAAUUACAUUUAACUAAAAGUAUUCCAUAUAAGAACAACAGUCUGUGAUAGUAUUAUUAAAUUUUAAGCAAGAGACAAAAUAUACAGGAUGACCACACUAGACAACUCCUUGGACUCGAUUUUGGUCCAAAUUGGCGAUUUUGGAAAAUAUCAAUCGUUUAUGUUUAGUUUAGUUUGUUUUGGUGUUAUUUUACACUCUGGAGUUCAUGUGGCGUUCGUUUUUACUGCCAUGGAUGUUAGUUAUCGGUGCGAAAUUCCCCAAUGUGACACAGUUGACCCACAAUAUGAACCACCUUGGUUACCAAACGCUGUACCUUAUACCGAUACGAAUCCAGCUAAAUGCACAAGAUACAUAAUCAAUGCCACGCAAGAUUUUGGCAAUUGCACAAAAGAAGGCGAUUUCACAAGUUUGACAGAAAGAUGCGAUACAUUUGUUUACGAAACACGAGAAAAAAGCAUUUUACAGGAGUAUAAUCUCCAAUGCGAUGAUAAUCUGUGGAAACUGACGUUAGUUGGUACCAUCAAUAACGUGGGACAGUUUUUCGGAUUGUUUAUUUCAGGAAUCAUAUCAGACAGGUUUGGCCGUAAAGUUAUAUUUAUUUGGGGCCUUAUACUAUGCGGAGUUUGUGGAUUACUUCGAACGCUUGCUCCUACUUACAUUUGGUUUUUAGUAUUUGAAUUUUUGGAUGCUGCGUUUGGUGCCGGCAGUUACGUUUGCGGAUUUAUUAUGGGUGUUGAACUAGUUGGACCAAAGAAAAGAGUACUAACUGGUACGUUAGUAAGUUCCUGUUAUGCUUUGGGGGAAGUUUUUGCCGCUGGUUCAGCAUGGUUUUUUGAAGACUGGAGACCGAUUAUUUACGUACUGUACGGUCCUCCAAUGUUGUUGUUUGUCUAUUUUUGGAUAAUCCCAGAAUCAAUUAGAUGGAAUAUCAGUAAAGGAAAAAUAGAAGAAGCCAAAGACACUCUGAGACGUGUCGCAAAAGUCAAUGGAAAAACUAUAUCUGAAGACGCUUUAGAUAAACUGGCAAUGGCUGACACAGGCGAUUCUAACAAAUCUUCAAUCUCUGAAGUGUUCAAAUCUCCGGUUUUGAUGCUUCGUCUAAUCAAUUGCUUCUUCUGUUGGAUCACUUGUGCAUUUCUUUUUUACGGCUUAACGCUGAAUUCUGUCGCCUUGGCAGGCAAUGGCUAUUUAGAUUUUAUUUUAACUUCGUUAGUUGAAAUUCCGGCUUAUUUUGCAUGUAUUUAUGUUGUUGAAAAAAUGGGACGAAAGUGGUCCCUGAGUUUGUCAUUUUUCAUGACUGGUAUCUCCUGUUGUGUGUUUAUUUUCAUUCCGAAAGAUUUACACAAUGUUAGCCUUGCAAUGUGGAUGCUUGGAAAAUUUGGCGCUACAGCUGCGUUUACAAUAACCUACGUUAUAACAAGUGAAUUGUUUCCAACGCCAUUGCGACAUUCUUUAAUGGGGGCAUGCUCAACUUUUGGAAGGAUAGGCUCUAUGAUAGCACCGCAAACCCCAUUGCUCGCUCAAAUUUGGGAACCUCUGCCAAUUAUAAUGUACACAGCAAUGGCCACUAUCGCAGGACUUUUGACGCUUCUAUUUCCAGAGACUGUAAACAUUAAGCUACCAGAUACGAUAGAUGAAGCCAUUAGUAUAGGAAAAAAUAAAAAUAGUGUACCUAAAGACUAACAUAUCUGUGAUGAGUUUUGUAAAAAAGUACUAAACAUUUUAGGCGUAAUAAUAUUUAUUUUAAAGUA